UCCUCAUCAACCAUCUCAAAAACAAAAACCAUGGCUAAAGUAAUCACAUGUUUUGUACUGCAUUUUCUAGUUUUCUUAGCUAUGGCCUCAACAUCAAUCAAAGCUCAGGCUACUCAACAGUGUGACUAUGAGAUGAUAGUGAACACUGGCAUAACCAGAGGGCCAUCUAACUCCAAACUCCGCGUAAUAGUUGAGGCGAUUGGCGGCGAAGGCACCAUCAACACAACUAACUUGAUUAGGAAGUGGGGCGCUAUGGGUCAAGGAUACACGUAUUUUCUACCGUAUUCAUCAGAUAGAUUCAGAACCAGGUUACCUUGUAUGAAAGACAAUUUCUGUUGGAUUGGGAUCAGAGGGAAGAAAGGAGAACUAAAUCCUCACUGGUAUAUAGAAAACAUCACAGUUAGUACAAAAGGUCCAGGUGUUAUCAAUCGUAUGAAAACAUUUCAAUUUCUUGAAGAGAUUGAUACUGUUUAUCCUGAUGCUAGUCAUGGAGAAUGCCCAUAAGCAUCUGUCCUAAUAUCUGAUACUAAGACGCAAACUGCUUACAGCUAGAAAUUGGCUCUAGAUAAGAACCACAAUAAUAAAUAAAAAAACAUCCUUCAUACGUAUCCCGAUUUCUAUGUGUUCAUGAAUUAUUUGAAAACAAUGAAAUUUAAAUAAAUUGUUGUAUGAAA